AUGUGGGCGACGCAUUGGCAGGAGCCAGACUCGCACGCUUUGGACAACCUCACCGGUCAGAACGACACCGAGUGCCUCACCUACUCGACCACGGCCAGCGGCCGACUGGGGCGGCAGUGCCAGCCCGACCACAGGCUGCCGCCCGGCGCGCUGGUCCUCGUCAGGCGCGGCGCGCCCAUCGAGUGGCGGCUCGGCGUCGUCAAGGUGAGCUACAACGGCAGCUUCAUGGUGGAGGUGGUCCGCGCAAGCGGCGACGCGAACGCCACCAUCGCCCAGGCCGAGGCGGCCGAGGUGCUCGACCUGGGGCAGUUUUCAGUGUUGCAGGCGGGGGACCACGUGUUGGCCAAGGUGUCCACGAGGCUGCUGCCAGUGCAGGCUCGGCGAUUGCGCGGAGGGGUCUGCGCAGACGUUGACGAGCGGGUCGGCAAGUUAGCCUUCUGCACGACACCCGCUGAAGCUGCUCUACGCCCUCCUUCUCGUCGUCCUUCUAGGGGGAAGACCCCGCCGAGCGUCGCGCCGCCGUUGUGUCACAGACGGUCGGACCCAGUGGUAUCAUCCUGA